CGCUAAGUAGCAAAAAACGAUGGGUAGCACAACUCGACAGAACACCGGCAGAAGUGUUUGGUGCAUCCCUGUCUGUAGGGAGUUUAUAAUAAGUGGCAGUAAUGCACCGAGUAUAGGAGAGUUAGCUGCCAUUAAACCGCCUGAAGAAGAUGGUCCAGGUCUGAUCUGCGCUAAUCCAGAGGAAGAAUUCUGUAAACAGGAGCUGUGACCAACAUGGACGUCAGCUUUACCAAUGGGAGGUCGGCCAUCCUGGAACGCCCCCUUUCCCGACCCAAGACCGAGGUCAGCCCGAGUGCCUUUGCCUAUCUCUUCUCUGAAAUGGUUCAGUACUGCCAGAGUCGUGUGUACUCUGUGUCCGAGCUGCAGGCACGCCUGGCCGACAUGGGCCAGAGAGUGGGGGCCAGCCUGCUGGACGUCCUGGUGCUGCGGGAGAAGAACGGAAAAAGGGAGACCAAAGUGCUGAACAUCCUGCUUUUCAUAAAGGUGUCUGUCUGGAAGUCUCUGUUCGGUAAGGAGGCAGACAAGCUGGAACAGGCGAACGACGAUGACAAAACCUAUUACAUCAUUGAGAAAGAGCCGCUGGUCAACACCUUCAUAUCCGUACCCAAAGAGAACAGCACGCUGAACUGCGCCUCCUUCACCGCCGGGAUGGUGGAGGCCAUCCUCACCCACAGCGGCUUCCCGGCCAAAGUCACCGCGCACUGGCACAAAGGAACCACGCUGAUGAUCAAGUUUGAUGAAGCGGUCAUCGCCAGAGACAAACAGCUGGACAGCAGAUAGAAACUGGGACACAGCUGCAGGCUGAAGGAGAGACAGUGGCACAGCUGAAAAAAAUACACUGAUGAGGCCAGUUCAUACUUCUGUGUGGAACCUGCACUGUAAAAUGAUGCUCAUCCCUCCUGAAAUGUUUUACUAUGCAACACGGACAGCAGCAGCAGCUGUGAUUGGUCCGUCAAGCCUCGUGUUCCCGCCCACACGUUCUUGCCUUUACAGUCCACAGCAGCACAUGGCAUUAUUGGUAUACUGCAGUGUAGGUUCAACCUAGAAGUAUAAAUUGGCCUUUAGUUCAAACGAUGUGCCAUGCACUGAUGAUCAGCAGCUGUUUUUGAUUUGUUUAUCCUGGCUGUUCACUUAAAGCAGGAAAAAUUACAACAUAUAAGUGACUUUCCAACAAGACAAGAUGCCUCAUAGUUUCAGCACAAGACCACAUGUUUUUACAUCGUGCCUGAAUUUCAAUUUAGCGGCUUAUAUUCUUCUUUUUCCUUGUUUUAUUUUCCACCCUGUUACCCAUGAAAGAAAAACAGGAAUACUAAUUUGGUUCUAGAACGAAAAACGUCCUAAAUAAUAUUACACAAUUUUUUUUAAACCUUUACUGAUCUUUACUCUAUGGACACAGUUAGUAUUGGGAUGCUUGCUCAUACAUUGUUUAUUCUAAAAUUAAGGGUAUUAAAAAGAGUUUUUUCUUCUCUCUAUUAUCCAGGGAAAGUAUAUGCUACAUAGAAGGUUGCUGUGAGAAUUUGACAGCAGAAUGUGACGAGCAUAACAUAUUAUUAGUGCAUUAGUGAGUUCUAAAGAACUGGACAGCGCUCCCUUAUUCCAGAGAACACAGUUGCUCUGCUCCACAGCUCAAUACUGGUGGGUUUAAUACCCCUCUAGCCCACACCUGGUAUAAGGCCCGGUGCCCGUAGUCCUAUUCUGUUGACAAUACUUCUUUACUACAGGGACUAGACAAGCUGUGUGCAUGUGCACAUAUGUGUCAGCAAUAGGUACAGCUUAAAGUAGCUGAAUGCAUUAAUCAUAAGGGGUGUCCACAAACAUUUGUAUGUAUGUUGAAUGCAUAUAAACAAAAAAAUAUCCUGAUGAAUUCUGAUAUGUUGUUAAAUAAUUGACUGUGAAUUGUCUGAUUGCACACACACAACAAAAUGAAAUCUCAGGGAAUAGAAUAAUCAUCUGGAUGUAGUUUAUAAUUGUCUGAGUUUAAAAGGAUUUGGGUCUGUGGUUUUAAAUAACAAUAAAUAAAAAUGGUUUUGAUUUUA